AGUCAUACGUCUAUGCUCACAGCAGAGCAAGGCAUAGAGACAUAAGGGAGAGAGAGACCACACGCGGAUUUCCCCUCAUAUCCGGUGGUGGCACAGGCUUUGAAGGAUUGAAGGGAAGGCGGCUGGUCGGUCAGGGAUGAAGUGCCGCGGACUGGGUGGCGGCAGCAGUAGCCGCGCUUCGAUGUCCUUCCCGAGGCUGAGAUCGUUUCCUUCCUAACCCGGGAGGCGGCGCCCCACAGGUCGGAGAGAGAAGGCGGAAGAUGGCGACGCUUGUGUUGGAUAACGGGGCUUACAACGCGAAGAUCGGGUACAGUCACGCUCACGUCAGUGUUAUUCCCAACUGUCAGUUUAGAUCAAAGACUGCUCGCUUGAAAACAUUCACAGCUAACCAGCUGGAUGAAAUUAAAGAUCCAUCUGGGCUUUUUUAUAUUCUUCCUUUCCAGAAGGGCUACUUGGUAAACUGGGAUGUUCAGAGACAAGUCUGGGACUACCUCUUUGGAAAAGAAAUGUAUCAGGUAGACUUUGUUGAUACCAAUAUCAUCAUCACAGAGCCUUAUUUCAACUUCAGUUCAAUACAGGAAUCCAUGAAUGAAAUAUUAUUUGAAGAGUACCAGUUCCAAGCAGUUCUCAGAGUAAAUGCUGGGGCUCUUAGUGCCCACAGAUACUUCAGGGAUAACCCAUCAGAAUUAUGCUGUAUCAUUGUGGACAGUGGCUAUUCUUUUACGCACAUAGUGCCUUACUGCAGAAGCAAAAAGAAGAAAGAGGCAAUUGUAAGGAUUAAUGUUGGAGGAAAACUCCUGACUAACCAUCUGAAGGAGAUAAUCUCUUACAGGCAACUCCACGUCAUGGAUGAGACUCAUGUAAUUAAUCAGGUGAAAGAAGAUGUGUGCUAUGUUUCACAAGACUUUUUCAAAGAUAUGGAGAUUGCUAAACUAAAAGGGGAAGAAAAUACAGCAAUGUUGGACUAUGUUUUACCAGACUUCAGCACCAUAAAGAAAGGGUUUUGUAAGCCAAGGGAAGAAAUGGUCUUAAGUGGAAAAUACAAAACUGGUGAACAAAUACUUCGUCUUACAAAUGAGCGAUUUGCUGUUCCAGAGAUACUCUUCCAUCCUUCAGAUAUUGGCAUUCAAGAAAUGGGAAUUCCUGAAGCCAUUGUUUAUUCAAUUCAGAACUUGCCAGAAGAAAUGCAGCCUCAUUUCUUCAAAAAUAUUGUUCUGACUGGAGGAAACACACACUUUCCUGGCUUUAGAGACCGUGUUUACUCUGAUGUUCGAUGUCUCACUCCAACAGAUUAUGAUGUUUCCGUUGUUCUGCCAGAGAAUCCUAUAACAUAUUCUUGGGAAGGUGGAAAACUGAUUUCUGAAAACGAUGACUUUGAAGAUAUGGUAGUCACAAGAGAAGACUAUGAAGAAAAUGGGCAUAGUAUAUGUGAAGAGAAGUUUGAUAUUUAAGUGAAUGUCGACAUUAUACUGUAUAUAUGUUGAUAACUGAACCAGCUAAUCUUCUUACGUUGGGACUGUUUUAGGAUUCUUAGAGCAAAACCUGUAUUAUGAAAAGAAGUACUCCUUAGGUAAUAUUGUGCUUUCAGUUUAUUGGUUUCGUAAUUCUUACUUCUGGCCACUAAAGUUCUGAAAAAGGGUGAGAAUUUAUAUAUUUAGAGUGUCUUACUUCAAUUAAUUUUGCAGUAUACCACACAUUUGAUUCUAAAAUCAAUGUUUAUUUUGAUUAUAUAUAACCUUUUUUUUCUAUAGUUCUUACUCAGCUGAUUCUGUUGCCUUUGACUGAAUGCAGAAAAACUGGAUACUUUUUCAAAGACUGGACUUCAGAUUUUUUCAAUCUCCCAUUUAAUUCUAAUCAAGUAUUGUAUUAUAAGAAAUCUAAGUAGGAUCAUUGUUGUCUGUUCUGAUGCGGGGCAAAGGGUAAUAGUAGAAAUCAAAAUUUGAGAAAAUUGUGAAGUCUUAUUAAGCUUUUGUUAGACAAAUCUUUUUUAUAACCUAAUGUAAUUCAAGUCACUGUCUGGACUAUUGGAUGUUGGGUAUUUAGUGCGGUAGUAUUAUGUAAAUAUUAUCUCUGGAACUCCAUAAUAGAAUGUGCCUGAUAUUUAAGCACGUGUUGAAGAUACCAUAUUUUCCAUGCCUAUCCAGUUCAGCUUAGCUUGUGCUUUUAUAGUUGAUUUUAUGUAUUGCUCCAUACUGUAUGUUGUACCAUUGCUGUAUACUGCUUUGAAAACUUCAGACAAGUGGUUUAUAAAUAUUACUAAAUAAAAACAGGGUGGGGCAACACCAAUGACUGAA